AUGAAGAAGAUGAGCAACAUUUAUGAGUCGGCUGCCAACACGCUGGGAAUCUUUAACAGCCCCUGCCUGACCAAAGUGGAGCUGCGUGUGGCAUGCAAAGGCAUUUCCGACAGAGAUGCUCUGUCCAAGCCGGACCCUUGUGUCAUCCUCAAGAUGCAAUCCCACGGGCAGUGGUUUGAGGUGGAUAGGACGGAGGUGAUUCGUACCUGCAUAAACCCAGUGUACUCAAAGCUGUUUACGGUGGACUUUUAUUUUGAAGAGGUCCAGCGUCUCCGGUUUGAAGUCCAUGACAUCAGCAGCAACCACAAUGGGCUGAAGGAGGCUGACUUCCUGGGUGGCAUGGAGUGCACACUUGGCCAGAUUGUAUCCCAGAGAAAGCUCUCCAAAUCCUUGCUGAAACAUGGGAACACAGCGGGGAAAUCCUCCAUCACGGUGAUUGCUGAAGAAUUAUCAGGCAAUGACGACUACGUGGAGCUUGCAUUCAAUGCACGGAAAUUGGAUGAUAAGGAUUUCUUCAGUAAAUCCGACCCAUUUCUGGAGAUUUUCAGAAUGAACGAUGAUGCGACUCAACAGCUUGUACACCGAACAGAGGUUGUGAUGAAUAACUUAAGCCCAGCCUGGAAAUCAUUCAAAGUAUCUGUAAACUCUCUAUGCAGCGGGGAUCCAGACCGCAGGCUGAAGUGCAUAGUGUGGGACUGGGACUCCAACGGCAAGCAUGACUUUAUUGGAGAGUUCACUUCCACCUUCAAGGAGAUGAGAGGAGCCAUGGAAGGGAAACAGGUACAGUGGGAAUGCAUCAACCCCAAGUACAAGGCCAAGAAGAAGAAUUACAAAAACUCGGGCAUGGUGAUUCUGAAUCUGUGCAAGAUCCACAAGAUGCAUUCCUUCUUGGACUACAUCAUGGGUGGCUGCCAAAUCCAGUUUACAGUAGCUAUAGAUUUCACUGCCUCUAACGGAGACCCCAGGAACAGCUGCUCCCUGCACUAUAUCCACCCUUACCAGCCCAAUGAGUACCUAAAGGCCUUGGUGGCUGUGGGAGAGAUUUGCCAAGACUAUGACAGUGACAAAAUGUUCCCGGCUUUUGGGUUUGGUGCCAGGAUACCCCCAGAAUACACGGUCUCUCAUGACUUUGCAAUCAACUUUAACGAAGACAACCCCGAGUGUGCAGGAAUUCAAGGAGUCGUGGAAGCCUAUCAGAGCUGUCUUCCCAAGCUCCAGCUUUAUGGACCCACCAACAUUGCGCCCAUCAUUCAGAAGGUUGCCAAGUCAGCCUCAGAAGAGACAAACACCAAGGAGGCAUCGCAAUACUUCAUCCUGCUGAUCCUGACAGAUGGUGUCAUCACAGACAUGGCUGACACCCGGGAGGCCAUCGUCCAUGCCUCCCACCUCCCCAUGUCAGUCAUCAUCGUGGGAGUGGGGAAUGCCGACUUCAGUGACAUGCAGAUGCUGGAUGGUGAUGAUGGAAUCCUAAGGUCACCCAAGGGAGAGCCUGUCCUUCGAGACAUCGUCCAGUUUGUGCCCUUCCGGAACUUCAAACAUGCAUCGCCAGCUGCCCUCGCAAAGAGUGUGUUGGCUGAAGUCCCAAAUCAAGUCGUGGACUAUUACAAUGGUAAAGGGAUUAAACCAAAGUGUUCAUCGGAAGUGUAUGAAUCGUCCCGGACACUGGCACCGUGA